AUGAAGCCGCAGAGUCUCGUCCGACAAUCGCCGACGAGCCACAAGCUAACCACCGGCUGCGAAAUCAUCGACGGAUGUCUUCGCGGCGGAUUUCCCUGCGAUUCUCUAACGGAAAUCGUGGCGGAGAGCGGCUGCGGAAAAACACAGCUCUGCCUUCAGCUCUCGCUCUGUGCCCAACUUCCGAUUUCACUCGGCGGACUCGACGGUUCUGCUCUUUAUCUCCAUUCCGAGUUUCCUUUUCCGUUUCGCCGUCUCCAUCAACUUUCACGCUCGUUUCAUCAAUCAAACCCUAGUAUCUACGCGAAUCACAAUGAUAAUCCUUGCGAUCAUGUGUUCGUGCAAAACGUACAUUCUGUAGACCACCUGUUCGACAUAAUGCCUAGGAUAGAUACGUUUGCGGGUAAUUCGAGAAAUCGGUUUCCUUUGAAGCUAAUCGUGCUUGAUUCUGUGGCGGCAUUGUUCAGAUCGGAAUUUGAUAACACACCGUCUGAUCUCAGGAAGAGAGCGUCUUUGUUUUUCAAGAUAUCAGGGAAGUUGAAGCAGCUGGCGAAUAAGUUUGGUUUGGCUGUUGUGAUCACGAACCAGGUCACUGAUUUUGUGGAAUCUUCUGAUGGGUUGAGUGGGUUGAGGAUUGGGAAUUUGAGGUAUAUGUGUUCUUCUGGGAGACGCGUUGUUCCUGCUUUGGGGUUGGCUUGGGCCAAUUGUGUGAACUCGAGAUUUUUCAUCUCUCGGAGUGAUGAUACUAUAUGCAAAGAGAGAAGGGAAAAUGAUGAGAACGGUCCAAGUUCUGUGUCCAGAAGAGCUCAGAGACUGCUUGACAUUGUUUUUUCACCAUAUUUGCCUGCGACUUCUUGCGAGUUCAUGAUCACGCAAGAGGGGAUUUGUAAGGUUCAGUUUAAAUUGCAGAGGGAUCUGAGAGAUGGGUUGCAGCAAAGCCAGAGAGAUGACGGAGGAGUCAAUGGAGACGAUGUUUUUGGGAAUCAGAAAUCGCAGUUCGAGAGCAGUAAUGAGAAAUUCAGGCUAAGGCUAAAGGCUAGAAGAAUAAAGAGAUCCAUCGGAAUCGUAUUAAUGUCGACUCCCGCUACCGUCGCCGUCGCCGGCGGAGGAAGAGGAUCAAUCACUCACGUCAUAUUCGACAUGGACGGUCUUCUUCUCGAUACAGAGAAGUUUUACACAGAGGUCCAGGAGAUCAUACUUGCUAGAUUCAACAAAACGUUUGAUUGGUCUCUCAAGGCUAAGAUGAUGGGAAGGAAAGCUAUAGAAGCUGCAAGGAUCUUUGUUGAAGAAAGUGGGAUCAGUGACUCUCUUUCCGCUGAGGAUUUUCUUGUCGAGAGGGAGGCAAUGUUGCAAGACCUCUUCCCUACUAGUGAGCUAAUGCCAGGGGCUAGCCGACUCAUCAAGCAUCUUCAUGCGAAAAAUAUUCCAAUUUGUAUUGCUACAGGCACUCACACACGUCACUAUGAGCUGAAAACGCAAAGACACAAAGAGCUUUUCUCAUUGAUGCAUCACAUAGUUCGCGGUGAUGAUCCAGAGGUCAAGCAAGGAAAGCCUGCCCCAGACGGCUUUCUCGCCGCAGCUAGGAGAUUUAAGGACGGUCCUGUGGAUCCACAAAAGGUUCUGGUAUUUGAAGAUGCUCCUUCUGGAGUUCUUGCUGCUAAAAACGCCGGAAUGAACGUGGUGAUGGUGCCGGAUCCUAGACUAGAUAUCUCUCACCAAGAUGUUGCAGACCAAAUCAUGACCUCUCUACUCGAUUUCAAACCGGAAGAAUGGGGUUUGCCUCCAUUCGAGGAUUCAAACUAA